AUGGGGUCUAACAAAGAAAUCUUUAGUAGAUCAUUAUUAACUGGAAUUUUAUCUAUUGCAGGAACAAAGAAGAAAGCUGCGUGUCCAGGACUUGGUCUGUUUUAUACUGUACUGUCUGCCUUCCUUUUCUCAGUGGCCUCUUUAUUUCUUAAAAAAAUAGAAGAUGUACAUUCAGUGGAAGUGAGUGCGUUUCGAUGUGUUUUCCAAAUGGCAUUUGUUCUUCCUGGUUUAAUAUACUACAAAACAGGGUUUUUGGGACCAAAAGGUAAAAGAAUUUUUCUUUUCUUCUGAGGAUUCCUUGGCUCCAGUGCAAUGAUUCUUCUCUACUAUGCUUUCCAAGUCAUGCCAUUAGCUGAUGCCACUGUUAUAACUUUUAGCAGUCCUGUUUUUACAUCGUUGCUGGCAUGGAUCUUUCUCAAAGAGAAAUACAGUAUUUGGGAUCUUCUGUUUACCCUCUUUGCAAUCACUGGAGUGGUUCUUAUUGCCAGACCACCGUUUCUGUUUGGGUCAAAUGUUACGGGGAUUGAAGGAAGUUACACAGAUCACCUUAAAGGAACUAUAGCAGCAAUUACAAGCACAAUAUCUGGAGCUUCGACUUUUGUUAUACUAAGGAAGGUUGGAAAAUCUGUGCAUUAUUUUUUGUCAAUUUGGUAUUAUGCAGUCAUUGGUUUAAUUGGAUGUGUUAUAGCAUUGUUUGUUAUGAAUGAAUGGCGUUUACCAUACUGUGGUAAAGAUAGGGUUCUUCUAAUAUUAAUAGGCUUGUUAGGGUUGGGGGGUCAGAUAUUUCUCACAAAAGCAUUACAGAUAGAGAAAGCUGGACCUGUAGCCAUAAUGAAAACAAUGGAUGUGGUGUUUGCUUUUAUUUUACAAAUUCUUUUUCUGAAUCAUCUACCAACCUGGUGGACUGUGGGUGGUGCCCUUUGUGUAGUAGCUAGUAGUUCUGGAACUGCCAUUCGUAAGUGGCGACAAAGCUUGAAAAAAGCUAAACAAAAUGAAAUCUAACAAUACAGACACUAAUUCAUUAUAGAAACAAUCAAUCUUGAAAUAUAUAUACAAUAUUUAUUUUUAUUUAUUUUAAAGAUCUCACUUAUCAAAUCAUAGUACCAAGUUAUAUCCAAUGAAGUAAGUUGACUUUUUAAAAAAAAGCAAAAUUGAAUAUGUUUUAACAACUGAUUAGGUAUAUGCUGCUCUUACAUUUAGGCAUGCAAAUACGAGAAAUAGAUAUUUAAAAGUUGCUUGCUUCCUAUCAGAAGUGGAAAAGAGUUUUUUUGGCUUUUACUUUCGUAAAAUUCCUGCUUCUCCAGUUCUCGGACUCUUUCUUUAUUCUUCUGAGCAGUGGAAAUUAGUUUCCCAGGCUUAUUUAAUACUAUUCUGUGCUUGAUUACCAGAGGGAUUGCAGUACAAAAGUUAGGACGGAAUGAAGGGUUGUAAUACUAUAAACAUCCAGCUCUUACAGAACAGAUGAAGCUUGCACAUUUACAAGCUUUUUUUUUUUUUUUUUUUUUAUUUUGAAUUUGGAUUCUGAAAGAACAAAGGCUAUUUCAUCUUUCCAAGUAAUAUCCAGUGAAAAUUAACUUGUGAAAAUUACCUAUCAGGUUUGCUUUCUUUUAAAAAGAAUUUUAAAUGCUUGCACUUGCUUUACAGAUACAGUGAAACAACCUCAUCCCUUUUUUCAAUAUGUGAUUUUUCUCAAGAAACAUGCAUUUAGUUGCUGCAGUCUCAGUGAUGAGAGACAACAAUUCAUUGUAUACCACUCAUAAAUUAGCCAUUUCUUGUGGUAAGGAAUGUUAUGGUGUAGCUGCACUUUUCUUUAUUCUAUGCAAAAGAUUAUAUUUUUUAGGUAUUUAAUAUAGGUUAUUUUAAAUGCUGCUUAUAAACCUUUUGUUUAGAUUCUUUUGUACAGAAGUUUUUUUAUGAGACCAAGUUUUAAGUCUUCUUGGCCUUCAUAAAUUUAGGAGGAUCUACAAUAAAGCGAUUGCCCAAUUUAUAAGAAUUUACAAGACUGCAGAGUAAUUGCAGUUUCACAGAAAAUGCAGGUUGGCCAAGAUCAUAGCAGAGAUGCUACAGAACAGGUUUGAGGAGAGCUUGGCAAGAGGGUGGAGCUAUGCAUACACAUCUCAUGACAUGGAGGCAUCCAUGCUACAUCAGGCAGUGCUAGUGGGCAGCUUCAGCCCUGUUUCUCCAGCUGACCCUCUUAAAUCUGCACUUCUCUUGCACAUCUUCCCACUUUUAUAGGCUUUAUUUUGAUAGCAACAGAUGCUAAGAUAAAAGGCUUCUGUUAUUGAUCUUAGUGUCUUUCAUGUUUGCAAAGGAGUAUAUGUUUAGUAUCAGGUAGGGGGAUUUUUCCAGAUGGAGUCUUAUGUACUUUUGGGUCUUGUCUCAGUAGUGCUUAAAGUAAAUAGUAACUCGGAUCUUAUUGUGAGGUGUUUUUCAGUUAUUUACUCCAGUGUUUUUCUAAAGGAGAAUACUGUGUUCUGUAGACUUGGCUGUUUUGUUUUUCUUUUUCAGAAUCAUUGAAGGGAGCAGGUGUUUUCUUACUUUGAUUUAUAGAUGUCUAGUCAUACAUCUUUUAUUUCACCAAUAAGCAUUGCAUUCUGGCAGAGCGGAUCUAGGGGACUUGAAUCCCGAAGGACUGGAACAUGUGUAGUACUUUGGGAUGCAUCUGGAUGUCAGGAGCCAGCUUUGUGCAAGAUUCUGUAUGUAAACCAGCACCCUGAAUCCAUGUAUGUUUAUGGACUGGAGCAGAUUCCACUUGAGUGGUAGAAUCAAUUCCUGCUUAUAGCUGUCUGUGCUCUGCUUCUCCUGAAGGCUGAAGUUCUACUGCUGACAAGGUCAGGAGUAGUGUGAAACUGCUUUCUCAUCUCUUUAAAGCGCAAUGUAAUAAAAUUCCAGUUUGGCAUCCAUUUCACUUAAUACUUGAAAUUGUAAACUGGGAUUGUUUCUUCUGCUUCUCAGCCAUCACUGCCAUUGAGCAGCAGCUUUCAGGGGUGGGAAGGAAGGUAGACUUCAUUUUUUACUGCUUCAGUUCAUGUUUAAUAUACAUGUGUUUGAAUUGACGCUUAUAAAGGUGUGGUUCCAAAGCAGCUCAGAUUGAUGUAAACUUGGACUGUCAGCUAGUCCUGGUUCCUCCUGUUGUCUCAGUGCUUAUGCUUAUGUGGUGGUGUGGUGAGCUGGCCCUGGGAGCAGAUCCAGCUACAUAAUCUUUUAGUAAGCUUGUUAGGGCAAAAGCAGAGUAGCCUGCACUUGAUGACAGUGUGAAAACAUUAGGAAGGGGAAUUAGAUAAUAGUUUAAAUUACAGCAUAGGAAUGCUGCUUUGUCAGUACAGAAUAAAAAUAAUGUGGAAACUUUAUAUAAAAAAAUCUUUAGGUCAUGUGAUUUCAAUGAAUUUUGUUUACACUCAGUAGAGAACAGACUACUGAAGAAAGGACUGUUUUCUUGCCCUUAACAUGUAAGUAAGUGCAGAAAAUAAGCUGAAGUCAACAACCUAAUACAGUGAUUGCUACUCUUUCUCUCAAGUUCUUGCAGAAACUCUUCCAAUAUAUUUCCAUACCUGUAGUGCCAAAAACCCCAGAUUUUUUUUUUUUGUUGUCCAAACCUAUAGGGUUUCCUUAUGGGCUCCAUCUACUUAUUUCUUGCUGCUGUCCUAAACCUUCCUAAAUAUUUAAGUAGUUAAAAUAAUCCUCUAAAGAAUUUCCUAUGUUGGAGAACAUUGUAAUUUUUUGAACAUUAUUUUGAUUUUGAUGCAUCUUUUAGAGAUUUGUUUAACUGGUGUGAGAAUGAAGGACAUGGCUAGAGCUUCUCUAGUCAUAAAGCAUGACAAGCUGGCUUCUGUAACUAGCUUUUGUAGAUGAUUUGAAAAACAUUUAAGCUUUAAGCUUUUUCAACCACCUCAAUUUUUAAAUUUUUCUUCAAAUGCAGGUGAAAACCUAAAUUUUAGUUGGAAGCCUUGAAGAGAAUGAAAUUAUACAAAAGUAUGGAUACCCUAAAAUGUUGGGGUUUUUUAAACAAAAUAUUUCUGAGAAUUCCUGUCAGGGUGGUCAAUUUUUUUUUUCUUCCAGAGCUUAACAGUUUGAGAAUCUGAAAUGAAACUGGCUAAACCUUGAUUCUUUCAGAUUCUGAUUUUUUUUUUUUUCUUUUUCUUUCAUUGGAUAGAGUUUUACUUUUGACAUCUUUUUUAGCUUUUUAAGUUUAAAUACAGCAAGUUUCUCAGGGUCAAAUAUUUUUCUGAGCUUUGAGUCAGAAAUAUAUUAAUAAAGUUCAUUGCCUGUAGUGUCCUGUUGUGAUCUUUAGAGUAUUUUUAAGUUCCAUAAAUGUACUUUUCUAAUAGGAAGUCCUUUGUAAUAUGAUGAAAUACUGUUGCAUUGCAGUUGCUAUGCUAUAAUGUUAAAUUUCUCUUGAAUUUCAACGUAUUAAUUCAAUAUACAGGUUUUAGUGGGUCCUGAAUAGAGUAAUAAUUAAUUAUUGGUUGUUUUGCACAUAAACACAGGGUAAAAAGAUUUAGUUGUUACUGAUGUGUCACAAGCACGUUUCUCAUGUUCUUUACUAUGCAAAACACUGUAAUCAUCUGUUGUCUUCAGUGGGACUUUAUAGCCUUAAAGCCUUAUGUAUCUGACUUUUCUAUAUAAAACUGAUGGCUGAAAAAGCUGUGUACUGUCACUGUGCCAUAGCCAGUUUCUUUCAGGUUAAGUUGGUUGUCAUAGAAUCAUGCAGGUUGGAGCUCCAAAAGCUCUCUACAUAAUCCACACUACAAAUUUGACAAGUUCAUUGUGUAGACAAGGGCAGUCUACAUAAGUAAAAUUCAUUUCCUGCAUUUGUCUAACACCCUGCAUGAAGUAACCUCAGUGUAACAGCAUUGGUGAAAUACGUGAAACUAGUCUCUUUCCCAGUUCCAAAAACUGUUUUAAGAUGGCUCUUCCUGUAGUUGAUAAUGGCAAGAUGGGUAAUACUACCCUUCAUCAUAAUUUAGUAUAAACACUUCCCCGCCUGCAGUAUUUUCUCUUCCUUGAGCUUUUAAUCAAGAGCUAGCUGUUAGAAGAAAAUUUAUUUCUAGAGAGGCAGUGUCUUUAAAAAGUUAUUUCCUUGCUAGCUAGCAGCAGUUAACUGGGAAGAGUCUGUUUUCUAACCAUGGCAGGGUCAGUCAUCUGUGGGCAUCAGUCCCAUGAGGGUAGUAGAAGCAUGAUCUCUCUCCCUGCAUGGAUUCAGAGUUGGCAGUGCUGGCAGCAGAUGUGCAACACUGACUUCAGCAGGACAUUGCAGUUAACAACAGAAUGUUUUUGUGGUCAUAACUGCCUGUCCAUCCAAAGAAAAGUUGUGGCUUUAUGAUCCUGCAGGUGCAGGUAACUUCAGGGUGGAACAUACAUAGACUUCUAUGCUGAUAACGCUUCUGUAUAUCAGAAUGAGUGAUUUCCUAUAUUAUGUGAGUUAUUGUUUGACAAAAAGGGGUUAAAAAUACCCUCAGCAUUAAUGAAAGGAUUUUUAUGAUGUCCUAUAUAUUGUUAAAUAUAUGUUGAAUGAUAUGUUUUGUAGAAGUUACUGGCUUUGUUAUGUAGUAGUAUAUUUUUAUAGGCAAUUCUUAUAUAUUGAAAUGUUAAGAAUAUUUUCAUAAGAGAUUUAUAUUCAUCAUUGCUAAUAAAAUGAACCUGAAGAAUUAAUCUCUGGUUUUGCAUUGAUUUAAUAGAACAUAUUUGAAUGUAGUGAUUGUAAAAGCUUUAUGAAAGAACUGUUAAUCAAACAGUCCCUGUUAAAUAUGAACAUAUGCCUCUACUAGCAUGCUGCAUUACUUUUUAUGCCUUGCAGCAAGCUAGGGAUGAAAAGAAUCUCUAUCAGUUUCCAUAUAGCAAUUUCUUAACU